AGCAGACUUGAAUUAGGGUUUCAGAUAUAAAAAAGAGCGAGGAGGAUCAUGAGGUCAAAGGAAGGAGAUGAUACAGAGUCUCUUUCUCUUCCUGUGGAUUUGAUAAUAGAGAUUCUUACGAAGCUGCCUCCGAGAUCUUUGUCAAGGCUCAUCUGCGUGUCAAAACUCUGGUUAUCUAUAAUCCACGGUAAAUAUUUCAACGACUUGUACCUUACUCGAUCUUCCACACGGCCACGUCUUCUUCUCCAUCGCUACUGCCAUGAUACGCGGCGUUCUCACUAUUCUUCUCUCUCAAGUGAACCGUCUCUUGGUGAUAGUAUUACUCUUCCAGGGUGUCAAAUUUCUCCACCAGUCCGUGGCUUGAUCUGUUGUGUAGAUCAUGACUCCAGUAUUGUCGUGAUUGGCAAUCCUAGCACGGGCCAGUUCCUAACUUUAACUGAUGCCAUAACUGACAUAAUCUUUUUUGGAUAUGAUCCGGUUAAUGAUCUAUAUAAAGUCCUUUCCAUGUAUUUCGUUCAUGAUAUAGAUGGAUCAGUGGUUCUUGAAAAGUCUCAAGUUCUCACUUUAGGAGGAGCUCAAGAAUCAUGGAGAGUGAUCGAAUGUAAGUAUCCGUAUUACCCAGGAACACAAGGUAUAUGCCAUAAUGGGGUUGUUUAUUAUGGAGCGUGGUCUAACCUCACUGACAGAAGAUCUGUAGUAGUGGGCUUUGAUUUGAGAUCUGAAGAGUUCAGUCUUAUUACAUUACCUGAGGAUGUUAAAAUCGUAUCACGUUUUGAGUCUGAUUUGGUGCGCUACAACGGAAAGAUAGCCUUAGUAAAUGUUUCACUGACCCGUAAAUUCGACCUAUGGGUUCUAAUGGAUGUCAAAAAACAUGAGUGGUCAAAAUAUUCUGUCGUUGCUCCUACUUGUGACUUCUUCCGUUGCAGGGGUACUAUUGAAACCGGAGAGCUAAUAUUUGAACAAUUCUAUUUUGGUGACCAGUUUUCAAUUCUCUAUUACGAUCCCAAACAAGACAAGGCUAGAAGAGUUGACCUCGAAAGAAGAGGAGAUACUACGUCUGGUGGUAGGAAAUUAUUCGUGGAUCACGUAGAGAGUCCUAUGUUUCUUCCAAGGAAGUUUAUCCAUUGAUGGCUGGUGGCUGGAGUUUCCUAAAUCAAUUGCUCUGUUCGAAUCACAGAUUGAA